UAUCAGUGGAGGACUUCCACUUAAAUGCAGUUCCAGGCUUGCAAGGCACCCAGGAGCAUCACUCCUCGUGUGAGCAGGCAAAUGCAACAUGCUCUCCAGCCUGGGGUGUCUGCUUCUCUGUGGAAGUAUUGCACUUGCCCUGGGAAAUGCACAGAAAUUGCCAAAAGGUAAAAAACCAAACCUGAAAGUACACAUCAACACCACCAGUGACUCCAUCCUCUUGAAGUUCCUUCGUCCAAAUCCAAAUGUAAAGCUGGAAGGUUUUCUCCUGGGAUAUGGCAGCAAUGUGUCCCCAAAUCAGUACUUCCCUCUUCCCACAGAAGGGAAAGUCACCGAGGCUGUAGUAGAUGCGGAGCCGAAGUAUCUGAUAGUCGUGCGACCUGCUCCUCCUCCCAGCCAGAAGAAGUCAUGUUCAGGUAAAUCUCGCUCUCGAAAACCUCUCCAGCUCGUGGUUGGUACAUUGACGCCAAGCUCAGUCUUCCUGUCCUGGGGUUUCCUCAUCAAUCCACAUCAUGACUGGACGUUGCCAAGUCACUGUCCCAGUGACAGAUUCUAUACAAUUCGAUAUAGAGAAAAAGAUAAAGAAAAGAAAUGGAUUUUUCAACUCUGUCCAGCCACUGAAACAAUUGUGGAAAAUCUCAAGCCCGAUACCGUUUAUGAAUUUGGUGUGAAAGACAACAUAGAAGGUGGGAUUUGGAGCAAGAUUUUCAACCAUAAGACUGUUGUUGGAAGUAAAAGCAAAGUAAACGGGAAAAUCCAAAGCACUUAUGACCAGGUCCACACAGUGCCAGCAUAUGUCCCAAAGAAGCUAAUACCAAUAACAAUCAUCAAGCAAGUGAUUCAGAAUGUUACUCACAGGGCUUCAACUAAAACCCCAGACAAGACUCCUUUUGGAGGAACAAUACUAGUUCAUCUUAUUAUUCCGGGUCUUAAUGAUUCCAUGGUAAAACUUCCCACAUCCAUAAUGCUUGAGAUUUCGGAUGCUCUCAAGACACAAUUAGCCAAGAAUGAAACAUUGGCAUUACCAGCAGAAUCUAAAACGCCAGAGGUUGAAAAAGUUGCAACCCAGCCAGUAACAGUGACUCCGGAAACAGUUUCAAGAAGCGUUAAACCCACAAUGUCUAGCAUGUUAGACACUGCAGAGACUACACUGGUCCUCAGUGAGAAGACCCCAGAAACAGCACAUUCUGUUCUAAUACCUGAGUCUGAAUUGCCUUUAAGCACUCUAGCUCCCAAAAGAUUCCCAGAGUUUCCCAAGACAAAAACAACAGCCUUCCCUUUGGAGAAAACUGGGGAUACCUUGGUUUCACGUGAAGAGCAGUGGGUGUCACCUGGAGCUAAAGCAUCUGAAGAUUCCAAAUUUGUACAGCCUCAAACUGCAACUCAUGAUGUUAUCUCAAGCUCAACAACUUCAGAUGAGACUGAAGUAGAGCCCCACACAGCAGCAACAAGUGAUCCUAUUCUGGACUCUGUCCCACCUAAAACUUCUAGAACUCCUGAAAAGCCAAGGGCAACACUGGCUCCAAGUGAAGCAUCGUUUGAUCCUCAAAAUGUGAAAAUCUUCACCAGUCCUGAAGUGCAGCCUACAACAGCUGCUCUCCAGCAAACUACAUCUGUCCCCACCACACCUAAACGACGCCAACCUGCCCCGGAACCUGACACUCUGCCGUCAGCACGGUCAACAAAGGCUCCACCAAAGACCAAACGACCAGGUCGCCGUCCCCGUCCUAAAACCACACGUAGUCCAGAAGUACCUGAGUCCAAACGGGCUCUGGAACCUGCCACCAUACCACCGGAGCUCUUGGUGCCCACAAUUGUUCCCAAACCAUCCCAGAGACCCAAAGCAACACUCAGGCCAGAGGUACCCCAAAUCCAGCCUGAUUUAGAACCUCCAAAACAAAUGCUUCCUAAGCCCAAAGUCACACCUGACAUGCCACCAACUAAAUCUGUUGCUACCACAGACAUUGACCUUGUAAUUAUGAGAACCAAGGCUCCAGUGACAACAUUAGCCCCCAAAACACCACGACCAAGACCUCGCCGCCCACGUCCUCCUAAAGAUAAAACCACCCCAAGCCCAAAGAUACCUCAGACUACACAAGCAGACUUGGGACCUAUCACUCCUGAGCCAUCUUUAGCUUCAACAACAAAAAAAGCCCGCCGCCCACGUCCCAAACCUAAAACCACACCCCAUCCAGAAGUACCUCAGACUGUAUUGGUUCCUGCUACAACCCUUGAACCAGUUAUUAGAACUGAGGCUCCAGGGAUGACCUUAGCUCCCAAACUACCUCAACAACCAAGCCAUCCACAUCCCAAACCUAAAACUACAAGGCAUCCGGCAGCACCUCAGACAGAACCGGUUCCCAUUACAGACCUUGAACCUGUUACAGACCUUGAAACGCCUGUUGCUUUUAGAUCUGAGGCCCCUGGAACAACACUAGCUAGUAAAUUGUCACCAAGAACCCGCCGUCCACGACCCAGACCUAAAGCCACAAUGAGCCCUCAAGCACCUCAGAUGAAACCUGUCCUGGAACCUGUCACUCUUAGACCUGAAGCCCCAGUAACAACACUAGUUCCUACAACAGAACUUGAACCUGUGACACUCAGAACACAGACUUGGGUGACAACAAAAGCUCCUCAACCACCAAAACGGACCCGCCGUCCACGCCCCAAACCUAAAACCACACCAGCUCCUGAGGCUCCUCUAACUAAACCUGCUGCUGCUACAGAUCUUGAACCCAGUGCUCUCAGAACCGAAGAGCCUGCGACUGUGGUUCUUGCUACAGCCCUUGAACUUGUUACUCUUAGAACCAAAGCUCCUGAAACAACAACAUUAGCUUCCAAAGUACCACGGACACGCCGUCCACGUCCCAGACCUAAAACCACAGCAAGUACUGAUAUGUCUGAGUCCAAGUCGGCUCCUACUGAACUGCAAACUCUUGUUUUGAAACCAGUGACUUCACCAAGCCUAGAAAUGGCACAAACCCAAUCUGUUUCUGAUGACCUGGAAUUUGUUGCGUUUAGUACUGAAUCACCACAGAAGACAAUAGCACCAACUGAAACAGAUUAUGUAGAUACUGCUACCAAAGAACCUAUCAGGCCAGAGGAGCCAAGGACAGAAGUUGUGGAAUCUUUUACACAUGUGUCUGAGCUUCCUGAGACCACACUAGAAACAUCACCUCUGCCUUCCCAAUCUAUAAUCCUACCCAGACCAGAUGAGCCUCAGACUGAACCUGCUCCCAGGCAGACACCCCGCCCUCCUCCCAAGCUCAAAACAACACCACGCCCAAGAAUCCCACCACAACCACCAGUUCCUAGGGAAUACCAGCAUACAACUUCAAAACCAAAACUGCCACCACAUCCUGAAGUGACAGACACUAUAUCUGUUCCAAAGGAUGAACAACUUUCCCGUAAAACAGACCCUGAGGUCUCUCACAGUGAAACUGUUCUGUCUCCUGUCACGUUUAGAGCUGAGCCAUCGAAGACAACUAUAGCACCUUUAGAGACAAGAGACAUUCCUUUCAUACCUGUGACUUCACCACGACCUAGUCAAGAGGAACUACAAACCGCCCUGGAAGAAACAGACCAGUCUACUCAGGAGCUCUUCACAACUAAGAUUCAGCAAACAACAGAAGUGGCAAAGACAACUCGGGCACCACACAGAUUGCGCACAACUCCAGUGAAGCCCAGAAUUCCUGACAGACCACAUGCCAGGCCUGACACUGAACGAGAAAAGUCACUUGCAAAGGUCAAUGUGAAUGUAUCUCCAGUUCUGAACAAAACAACCACAAAACCUGGUAAAACGAAACCCAAAGUGAUACCCCAUGGAAACGGAGCAGGAACAGGAACCAAGCAAGCACCUAAGCCAUCAAGUGCUGGGAGGAAUAUGUCAGUGGACUCACAUACCACAAAAAAACCAGGGACUCGUCGCCCGUCCAUGCCACCUAGACCCAUGGCCCCUAGACCUAUAUCUCCACAGAGAAAACCUUUACCACCAAAUAAUGUCACCGGAAAGCCAGGAAGUGCAGGAAUCAUUUCCUCGAGCCGAGCCACUUCCCCACCCCCGAAGGCAACACUCAAACCUACUGGAACAGUCGCAGAGCGACCAGAGGCAGAAAGAAAGCAUCCAACCACUCCUUCUUCUGAAGAAGAGAUUGGUACCAUGACAGAUUUUAGUUCGAGCCCAACAAGAGAGACUGAUCAUCUUGGGAAGCCCAGAUUCGUAGGCCCUCAUGUGCGAUACAUCCCGAAGCCAGAAAACAGACCCUGUUCCAUCACUGACUCGGUCAGACGGUUCCCAACAGAGGAAACCGUGGAGGAGAAUGCCACCAGCCCACCACAGAACCCACCCACCAACCUCACUGUGGUCACUGUGGAAGGUUGUCCCUCAUUUGUCAUCUUGGACUGGGAAAAACCACUAAAUGACACUGUCACUGAAUAUGAAGUCAUAUCCAGAGAAAAUGGGUCAUUCAGUGGGAAGAACAAGUCCAUUCAAAUUACGAAUCAAACCUUUUCUACAGUAGAAAAUUUGAAACCAGAUACAAGCUAUGAAUUCCAGGUGAAACCCAAAAAUCCACUUGGUGAAGGCCCUGCCAGCAACACCGUGGCAUUCAGUACUGAAUCAGCGGACCCAAGAGUGAGCGAGCCAAUUUCUGCAGGAAGAGACGCCAUCUGGACUGAAAGACCCUUUAAUUCAGACUCUUACUCAGAAUGUAAAGGCAAACAAUAUGUUAAAAGGACAUGGUAUAAGAAAUUUGUCGGUGUGCAGCUAUGUAAUUCUCUCAGAUACAAGAUUUAUUUAAGUGACUCCCUCACAGGCAAGUUUUACAACAUAGGAGAUCAGAGAGGCCACGGAGAAGAUCACUGCCAGUUUGUGGAUUCAUUUUUAGAUGGCCGCACAGGACAGCAGCUCACCUCUGACCAGUUACCCACCAAAGAAGGCUAUUUCAGAGCCGUUCGCCAAGAACCUGUCCAAUUUGGAGAAAUAGGUGGUCAUACCCAAAUCAAUUAUGUCCAGUGGUAUGAAUGUGGGACCACAAUACCUGGAAAAUGGUAGAUGCAGGAAAAUUAUUUUCAAAGUACUUCUGGUUCAUUAUCGCAAAAAGAAACAAAGAACCUGAUGGAAAUACUAUGGUAUUUGUCACACCUUUUCCAAGCUAUUUUGGUUACUAUGUAUAAAAGUUUGCAGUCUAACUGAUGGCAGUACUAGAUGUUUAUUAUUAGAAAAGAUUACUGAGAAUAUUUAUCAGGUUUUACAAAGUCAUUUUAAGAAAUCAAGAUAUUAACAUUAAUAGAAUAACAUUUUUAGGGAAGCUGGCUCCCUAUUCAUGAUAUUUUAAGAGAUCAUUUGUAUAUUAUUUAUCACAGUGUUGUAAUGUUUUCAGAUACUUUUAUAACGAAAUUAAUGUCAAAAAAUCUUUAUGCUUUAUAAAAAGUAUUUACUUUAUUGAUGUGUACGUGUUCUUGGUGAGUUAAUUCCACAAAUCUCUACUUGGUUUAACUUAUUGGAUCAAAUAAUCUUCAGCAUAAUACAUGUGAGAGAAAGGUGGUUCUAAUAUUUACAUUUAUGUAAACUUCAAUUUUUUAGCAUCAGAUGAACAGAUUUUGAGUUUAAAUAGCUAUAUAUUCAUGCUAACUUUUCCAUAAGCUACCAGCAAAUUACUGAAAAUAAAAAUCUGAAUACGUAUAAUUUUAUUUCAGCUAGAAACAGCUGAUAACCUGACAUGUUAAAUGAUAAAUCAUUUGUUUUCUUCUGUGCCCACAAUACUACGUCUAAAAAAUACUUUCUCAAAUUGUUCCUUUAAGCCAUUCUUUUAAACAGCUCUAUGGUUCUACUCAAGCUGUAUGUAGAGAUUGAGUGUGAAGUCAGCAUGAAAAUAUAAUGCAUGGUAAGAUGUUAUUGUUUCAUAGGAUAUAUUAUAUAUUUAUACACUAAGGCCAUGAAUGAAUGAAUGUAUCACAGGUUGUUUUUGUGACACUGUUAACUCAAGCUGUAACAAAACUGACUCAUUUUCAUGCGGAAAAAAAAAUAUUGCUUUCCUUCACAUGGAGGAAGGAGCCAAGAAUCUUAUUGCCUGCCCUGAAAAGACUUUUUUCUGUAUGUAUCUUUCAGUAUGCUUCAGUUUCAUCAAUGCUACAUUUUGUAUUUCUCAAGCAAAUAUAAACUCUGCAAUAAAAAGAUGUAGGUUUCUAAAAAA